AUGCGUAAAAUCAAGGACAUCGCCAAUAUCCUCAGAUCCUUGGAUGGUUUUGUUUUGACAGCGUUGCAUUGCCUUUCCAAUGAUAGCAUGUCGGUGCGCUUGGGUGAAUCUACGAGGAACCCCGUCGGAAAUUUUGAAUUCCCUGUCGAUGGAAAAUGGGUUCCUAAAAAACGCGAUAUAAACCUGGAUGACAUAGGACUCCUUCGAAUGAAAAUAGAUGUGCUGCUCUCAGAUUAUAUCAGACCGAUAUGCCUACUCUACAAUGAGGAAACGCCAUUCAAAUUUCAAUUUAAGGUCACUGGCUGGGGUAUGCUUGAAAAUGGUGAAAUGGGUCGCAUUCUUCAGAACGCCACUGUGAAUCGUAUGUAUUGUACCUGGAUAUGGUUUGCCGGGCGAGAUACGAGUAGGAUUUGUGCCGGCAGUCAAACCAGUGAUUCAUGUGCUGGCUACUCUGGGGGGCCUUUGAGCGCAGAGAUCGAUUACCACGGAGAAUUUCGGCCCAUGCUAUACGGAAUUGUCAGCUCUGGAUCGAAAAGUUGUAGAGGUCGAGGUGUUUACACAUAUGUGUCGUACUAUAUGAACUGGAUUACAGAUCUUAAGAAUCGCCACUCGAAUGGAACUUCAAGUUUCGUUGUCACGGCGGCGCACUGCAUUUCCAAUGUCAAUAUGACGGUGCGAUUGGGCGAAUACGAUACGCGGCAUCCGAGAAAAAUUUAUGAAUUCGAAGUCGAUCGAAGAAUGUUUCCCCAAGAAUACCUUGAAUCAAACAACGAACAGUAUGACAUAGGACUCCUUCGAAUGGCCAUGGAGGUCCUGUUCUCAGAUUAUAUUAGACCGAUAUGUCUGCUCUACAGUGUGGAAAUGCCAAUCGUAUCACGAUUUAAAGUUACCGGCUGGGGUAGACUUGCCAAUAGUGAAUUUAGUCCUAUUCUGCAGACUGCCACUGUAUCUGAAAUAGAUCGUAGGCGUUGUGCCAAUAAACAUAAGUAUAUAGUUGAUCAAAGCCAGAUUUGUGCCGGCAGUAAUUCCAGUGACUCAUGUGAUGGAGACUCUGGAGGUCCUUUGAGCGCAGAGGUCAAUUACAACGGAGAAGUUCGGCCCGUUCUAUACGGAAUUGUCAGCUAUGGAUCUCCCAAUUGUAAAGGUCUAGGUGUUUACACAAAUGUGACGCACUACAUGAACUGGAUUAUAGGUGUUAUGACUCGCAACUCAAAUGAUAUUGAGUUAAAUUUAACUGGGUCAGCCCUCUGCUGCAAUAGAACAGGUUAA